AUGUCUCCAAGACAGGUUAUUAAAUCCAAUACGGGGGAAGUUUUGUCAAAGGAUAUCGAUAUUGCACAGAAUUUCAAUGAUUUUUUCACUGAUGUUGGACCAGCCCUAGCUGCUCAAAUCAAUUCUCCUGAACAUUUUACAAACUACCUUUUUGAUAAUCAUUACACAGCUUCUUUCUUCCUGCGUCCAGUUAGUCAAAAUGACGUCAUUAAUGAGAUCGGGCGUUUAGAUCCCAGCAAAGCUAUGGGCCCAGAUCAUAUUCAUCCAAAAACAAUAAUCCAUGCUGCCCAACACAUUGCUAGUCCCCUAGCCCAUAUCAUCAACCUAUCCAUUACUACAGGUAUUUUCCCAGAUCUACUAAAAAUCGCUAAAAUUACCCCCAUAUAUAAAAAAGGUUCACCUUUAGAAAUAAGCAACUACAGACCCAUUUCCUUAUUGCCAAUUCUAAGCAAAAUUAUUGAAUCUGUUGUUAAAUCCCAACUUUUAGCGUACCUUGAUAAAUUUAAUAUUCUUUUGCCGACUCAAUAUGGUUUUCGCAAACAUUACAAUACCAAACUUGCACUUGUAGAUCUAAUUACUGACAUCACAGACAAAAUGGACGCAGGUUACAUCACAUUUGGUAUAUUUAUAGAUUUAAAGAAAGCAUUCGAUACAAUUGACCACCACAUUUUAUUACAAAAAUUAGAGCAUUAUGGGAUUCGGGGCCUGCCACUUAAAUGGUUUCACAGUUAUCUAGAAAAUCGUCUCCAGACAGUGGAUGUCAAUGGUACCGUAUCACCCGCAAACUAA